AUGUUGUCGGCCUUAACCUCAGCAGCAGCUGUCUCUACGAUUCCAUCAAUUCCAACAAUAGUCUCUUUCGCCUUGUUCAUCUACAAAGGCUUGACCUCUCAGAUAAUCGCUUCAAUUUCUCUCAAAUACCAUCAAGAUUUGCUAUCGAAGCUGUCUGCCCUUGAUCCGUCUUUCAAUCAUCAGAAAGGUGAUGACAGUAUCCCUUUGAAACUGACCAAGGGCAACCUGAGAAGCCUCGUUCAAAACUUUACCAACAUAAAAAAGCUUCAUCUUAGUGGGGAGCAAUGCCCUCAAGAAAUUGAAUGUUUACCGCAUGAAUUUCUCUGGCCAACUGCCUACCUCCCUCGGAAACCUUCAUUCCUUGAUUGUGUUUGUCAUCUCAUCGUAUGCAGGAGAAGCUCCAUUCUCGGCACAGCUUUGAACCCGCGUAGAGGGAACUCGCUCUCUUUUCCAUCUUCGUCUUCCUUCAUUGUUCGAGCUCAACAGAUGGAGUCUAAGGAUGACGAACCUGAGCCUGUGAAAAUUGAGCUGAAAAUCAAGGAAUGGGAGAAUAGCAUGUACCACAAUGAAGUAGCUGCGAGCCAAGGCAUCCGAAGAAGGAGACCACCAACUGGACCCCCUUUGCACUAUGUUGGGCCUUUUGAGUUUCGCUUGCAGAAUGAGGGCAAUACUCCACGAAAUAUUUUGGAGGAAAUCAUUUGGCACAAAGACACUCAAGUUGCACAGAAAGCUCUUGAUAAUGCUCCUCCCGUUAGGGAUUUUAUUGGAGCUCUUAGAGCAGCAAAUUCACGAACUGGACUGCCUGGUUUGAUAACUGAAGUGAAGAAGGCGCCUCCAAGUAGAGGAGUCCUGAGAGAAAAUUUGACCGGUAAGUUUCGUUGCUUUAUUGUGAUUCAUGCGCUUGGAAGUUUGUUUCUAUUCCUGUCCUGGUGGUACCAGAUUCAGUAUGCUGAAUUAAUUCAUGUUCAUCAGAAUAGAGGUGGUGUUUCCAUUGGAAAUGAAAUGGAAGCAUCAUUUCCAAACCUUGUUCUGUGA